GUCCCUGUUGAUGAAGAUCCCCAGAAUGGUCAUUAUGAUCAUACAAGUUCAUCUGCUUUUCGUUUUCGUUACACAACUUCUUCUUCCCCUUGUAUUCUUGACGGCUAAAGAAGGUGGUGGUCUGGGAGUCGACGCAGCCUUAGUGGACGUGCAGAAAAGCGCUAUAGACCGACAGAACGCGGAGCCGAUGAUUUUCAAAUGCAACCACACCGCUUGCAACGACAACAUCGUCUACGAGGACGUAAAUGACGCAAAUUUCACCUUCCCGAGUGGCACCAGUUUGAUCACGGUUUACAUCUACCUCACCCCCUUGCACGGGCGAACGUGUAAUUUAAGGCAACGGGUGAAAGUAAAGCAUCCUCAGCAAUAUCCCUGCUAUAUCCCAAUAUCCCCUUUUUUACUUGAAACAACAAGAGAAGCCAAGGUGCUGGAUGCUGUGAGGGACGACGCAACUGGUGAAAGUAAAGCAUCCUCAGCAAAUUGAAACCCCUGCUAAGCUAUAUCCCAAUUGUAUCCCCUUUUUUACUUAUGAAACAAUUUAAGAGUUGCCAAGGUGGAUGCUGUGAGAGGGACGACGUCCCUCACGCGGUAGCAGGAGCUCUAAGUAAUACGGCGCACAACUACGUCCUUGGGUAUGAUGCGGAUAACGGGGUGACGAUUUCAAACGGGAAAGUCUCGUCUCCACCUGCUGCGGCGUAUCUCAUAAUGCCCUCGCACGACAGUGGACAGGACUUCCAGAAUCGGUCGACAGUGUUCAACACCCGGACGCGGACGAAUGCGUUGCUUUUAAGGCUUUUUUUCAUCUGUUGAAAAUGAUGGUAGUUUUAAUGUGAAAGUUUUGAAAGGAUGGUAGUUUGUGACAUCUUCUCGCCCAGAUUAGAUUUCAUCGAUUGAACGUAGAUUCAUAAAAAGCGUUUCCUUGCUUCUUUGAUCUUGAAAAAAAGUGUUCAAGUUUGCUUUUGAGUUUCAAGGAGAGAUGUCUCCGCUAUUAUAGCCUAGCCUACCUUACUAGGGACAGAGCGAGAAGCACUAGAGAUGUCUCCGCUAUUAUAGCUUAGCCUAGUAUAAGUAGUUUUUUUCUCUUGAUACCUACCUCUUCUACGAGAUAACCUCUAAUCUUCGGUGUCGAUCUGAACACCACACUGCUCUACGCAGGCAUCAACUAUCGCAUUUGCGUUGACUACGAUGGCUUGGGAACCACCUACAAUUGGGCAGAUAGUGG